CCCAUCGCCGAGCUCUCAUUCCUAAGCGCGCUCUCUCUCGUCUUCGGUGUUUUUGCGGCGCUGUGGGAAUCCCAAUUCAGGAAGGAAGCGAGACGAUUUUUCUUUGUUGCUGGCGGUGAUCGGACGGCGGAGAUGAGCUGCAACGGUUGCCGAGUCCUGCGAAAGGGUUGCAGCGAGAGCUGCGUGCUGAGGUCGUGCCUGCGGUGGAUCCCCUCCCCUGAAGCCCAGGGCAACGCCACCCUCUUCCUCGCCCGUUUCUUCGGCCGCAGCGACCUCCUCUCCCUAGUCACCGCCGUCCCCGAUUCUCAGCGUCCCGCUCUGUUUCAAAGUCUACUAUUCGAGGCGUGCGGGCGGACGGUGAACCCGGUCGGCGGGGCGGUGGGGCUGCUCUCGAGCGGCAACUGGCACGUGUGCGAGGCGGCGGUCGAGACGGUGCUCGACGGCGGCGUCGUCCAGCCCCUCGGCGGCGCCGGCCUGGGCUUUGGGCUCGACCAGUCGGCAGACUCGCCGUCCCCCCCGAGCACUUGCAGGGGGCGGAGCCUGCAGCAGCAGUCCCUGCAAGUGCCAGCGUCGAUUCAGGUGGACGUCAACCUCCCCCUCUACGACCCGAACCUCAGCCUCAAGGCGAAAUUGCCUGGGAAGAGACGCGGCAAGAGGAGCCACUUGAUGGAGAAUUGGCCGACCAGGACGACGGCGAUGACCAUCGUGAGCUCCGAGGCAUCGGAGGUGAUCGACCCCAGGAACGGUUACGAUCAAGGCGUGGGUCAAGAGAUGAAGCUCCUGAAUCUGUUCGUAUGAGAGCAGAGCAAUAAUUUUGGGGACGAUUUUGGCAUUUUGUUUUUCCUUUCAUUUUUGGUUUUUUUUUUUUUUUCAGUUGGAUGGUGGGGGAUAAACCGGCUGUGUAAAAGUGUAGUAAUGAAUGAGGGACGAGCGACCGGCCGGAAUUUUGCUCCGGCGGGGUUUUGGUUAAUGGUAUCAGAGUCUAGAUAAAACAGAAAUAACCUUAACCGAGAGAAUCUUACAUGUAAUGUCUUUUUGAUUUAUUGUAAGAUGAUUUCGGUA